UACAAUGGAAACAUGCAGUACUAGAAGUAAUCGAUAUUAAGCAUGCGUCAUUGAGGAGUGACAUUUUGUGAGCUAAAUUUGAAACUGAGAAAAAUAGCAGACACGAUUGUGAAUUCGUAUUUCUGAAGCGCCUCCACAAAAUCUCGUAAUAAACGAGACACAGUAUAUCUCAAAGAUGGCUGCAUGUCUUAUCAUGACUUGAAUCUGGAAAAUGUAUUUACUUUUCAGUCAUACACGUAUCAUGUUGAAAGUGGAUGGGUGGUUGCUAUCGCAAGAUGAAAUAUUUUUGCGGCUAGUCUAACAAGUGCGAUGGCGGACGAGGAUGCCGAACGACAUGCCUUAGAUGUUUGCCAGUCAAUGAUUGACAUUUCUGCUAAUCGCUUAGAAGGAUUGAGAACACAAUGUGCAACGAGUGCAGAACUUACACAGCAAGAAAUCAGAACGUUAGAGGGAAAACUGAUAAAGCUCUUUUCAAAACAACUUGUCACGAAAGCAAAACUUGGAGAUUCACUCCCACCUGAGAUAAGACAUCUGCCAUCUCUAAGACAGUGGUUAUUGGUUGUAGGUCUCAGCCCUGAAUCCAUAAAGGCUGUUUGCGAGAAAGUGAUAUCCUUAGAAGCAUUAAGAGAGAGAUCAGAAAGGGAGAUAAGGAUGUUGGUUCUUGACAGAAAUGCGUGCAAUUUGUCAUAUGAAGAGAGGACUGCAAGGGAGGAAGAAGUCAGAAGGCUCAAUCGUGCUCUGCAGAACCUUAGAAAAUACACUGAGGCGCUAAUGUGUGGCAAAGGAGUGGUGGGAGAAGAGAUGACCUUGUACUGGGAUUCAUGGGACAGACACCAGGUACUGAAAGGCAGCAGUAACGCAUCACCAAGACCUCCCAGAACUAGAGCAUCACGUUCUUCAGUUCCUUCUGAGGAUUUUUUGCAACAGAGUGGGUCAGGUGGUAGCAGUACACUCACUGGUUCUGGAUCUGUGUCAUCGCUGCCUCGCUAUACACCACCCAACACUCCGCCUGUAAGCAAGAGUCGCUCAGGUGAACGUGUGAAGUUUCCAACAACACCACCACCACGCAAAAAGCACCAGACUGGACUCCUGCCUGAAGCGUAUCCCCUAACCAAGUCAAAGAGCCAUGAGUCUCAGCUGGCAAAUCGGGUGGAUGGAGGAGACAGCAGUGGUGCAAGCAAUGAGCAUAUUCCAGGAACAGGUGGUAGGCUGAUGCGCCGGGGUCGGUUGCCAACAGAGCCAGGACCCAACUGCAGUAGUGAUCUAAUUGGCCAAGAAAACAGCUCGCCCCAGCUUGGCAGCCCCUCAAGAGCUCCACCUAGUCCAGCAUUGCCUGAUGACCCCUCCAAUAAGGCAACACUUCAAGUUCCAAAGUCUCCAAGGACACCCACAGUUUCACGUGGAAUGGGUCACAUGAUUGCACAUCGCUUCACAAAAGCAUUUAAAGUGAUGACAACUUGUGAUUACUGUGACAAGCAGAUGUUCUUAGGCACAGGUCUGAAAUGCAAGGAGUGCAAAUAUAAAUGUCACAGGGAAUGUGAAAGCAAAGUGCCCCCAAGUUGUGGCUUACCUAGGGAAUUCCUUGAUGAAUUUCGUCGGCAGUUGCAGCCAGAUGCAGUAUUCACAUCUAACCAGUCUCCAAGCUCCGGGCGACCAAGUCAGUCUUCUCCAAGUCAUCACCCAUCGGUGCUGUUGACGUCGUUUGGAUGGAGAGACCGUAAACGUUCACAUCCGCAGCCUUCUGUUAAUGUUCAAGCAUUUCCGGGUCCUGACUCAAGUUCAAACACAUCUUCUUGUAACAGCUCAACGCCAUCAAGUCCGGCACUUGCCAUGACAGCCCAUACCCCUCAUGCUGCUUCUAAACAACAAUUUCAUUUUCCAGAUGUGAAUUCGCAGCCUGAGAAGGGUGUCACCUUAGAGACACAUCCAUUGGCUCCUUCUGCAUCAACUCCAGUUAAUAGUUCUUCUGUCAUUACGAAUACUUCAGUAAAGACAACAGAGACGGUGGAGAGUGAUGACCUUGCAGACACAUCAAAGUCCAAUGACAGUGAGCGUACUGUGUCUGGUAGUGACAGUGAACGUACACCUGUGCGGGUUGACUCCCAGGAUAGUCAAGUGUCUGAUGGGGAAGCAGUUGAACGAACCUGGCCCAGACAAAACAGUCUUUCAAUGAGGGAGUGGGAUAUCCCAUUUGAUGAAUUGAAGAUGGGUGAGCCAAUUGGUACUGGAAGGUUUGGAACUGUGUACCGUGGGAACUGGCAUGGUGACGUGGCCAUUAAGGUUCUCAACACACACCACCUGGAUGAUGAGAAGACACUUGAGGCCUUCAAGCUUGAGGUUGCAACAUUCCGGAAGACAAGGCAUGAAAACCUGGUUCUUUUUAUGGGUGCUUGUAUGAAGCCACCACGACUUGCCAUAGUGACAAGUAUGUGUAAAGGAAUGACGCUGUAUACACACAUACAUUUGCGUAAAGACAAGUUCAAUAUGAACAAAACCACUAUUGUUGCUCAGCAGAUAUCUCAGGGAAUGGGAUACCUUCAUGCAAGAGGCAUCAUUCACAAAGAUCUGAAGAGCAAGAAUAUAUUCUUAGAAAAUGGGAAGGUUGUGAUCACUGACUUUGGCUUGUUCAGUGUUACAAAGCUGUGCUAUGGAAAUAGGAAAGGUGAUGGCUUGAGCAUCCCUCCAGGAUGGUUGUGCUAUUUGGCUCCUGAAAUUGUUCGGAGUCUGCGGGCAAGACAAAAGCCUGAUGAAGAAGAACUGCCUUUCACCAAGGCUUCAGAUGUCUAUGCUUUUGGGACGGUAUGGUAUGAACUGCUAUGUGGUGAAUGGCCGUUCAAGGCACAGCCUCCUGAAGCCAUUAUUUGGCAAGUGGGAAAAGGAAUGAAGCAGUCACUAGCAAAUUUGCAGGCCUCCAGAGAUGUCAAAGACAUCCUGAUGCUUUGCUGGUCCUUCCGACCUUCGGAUAGACCAGAUUUCACUUUGCUCCUCAAGACACUGGAAAAGCUGCCAAAGAAGCGCCUAGCACGCAGUCCGUCACAUCCUAUCCACCUGUCACGCUCCGCGGAAUCUGUGUUCUGAUGCUAUCUAUUUAUUGCAGUAGCCCUGUAUUAGCUUUUCUGCAUACAAGAUUAUCAUCACAGCAGACUGAAUGCAUGUGCUCAGAAAGUUACCGUAUCAUCGUGUGUACAGUACUUCUCUCUUCGUUAAUAUUAUUAGGAAUGUGGGACGGGUUGUUAUAAUUAUGUUGAUUAUUAAAAUAUUAACUUGUUUUUUACUUCAUAAUACAAAAAGCCAUUGAUAACGGAGACUAUAUACUCAAUAAUUUGUCUUUUUCAGCAGCCUUGCCAUAAUGUUAUCUGUUUGUAAAUUCUCACAGUGAAACCUCAUUUUUACAUUUUCUUUGUAAUGCGGGUCUAGUUGUGUAUUUGUAACUUAAAAAGUCAAGUAGCUACCAUGUAAGAAUGAGAUUGUUUACAAAGGAACACAAAUAAUUGUAAUGAAUGCUUGGCACUUAUGACUUUAAUCUGAAAGUUCUUUCUUCAGUCGUUUUAAUUACAGACCUACUAUUAAAGGUUUUUCUGAUCAGCUUACAUAGAUCCACCAAAAAAAACUCUCUCUUCUCUUUCCAUUCAGUAGAUCACUUUCUGGCUUCAUCUGUAUUUCACAUCACAUUUAGCAUUAGUAUAAACUUGUCAAUACAUAAAACUAAAUUCAGGAUUGCUGGAAUACAGAUUAUGUGCUGUAAACAAAAUACUGAGUUAUUCCCCACAAAAUGGUAUAAUUAGUUAGAUAAAAUCCAUCUGGUAUGUUAACCAUCCCAGAUUUUGUUAAAAUCCAUAUGGUAUGUUAACCAUCCCAGAUUUUGUUAAAAUUAUUGUACAUGUUUGCUAAAUGUCCAUAGAAAGAUAAAUACAUGUCAAUUGCACGGAUUCCAAUACUUCAUAAAAAUUAGUAUCAAAAUGUCAUGGCGACAUUUCAGAAAUUUUGACAAAGUUUGGAGUUCUGUAAAUCACUGAAUAAUUCUAAUGAAGCUGCAAAACAUGGCAAGAUGAUUGAAAAUUGGCAGUGUGCACAUUGUAUAAAUUUUGUUAUUUGAUUCUAUAUUUUUACUCCAAUUAGUCAAGAAAUUUUGUUAAUACAAAAUUUCUCCUAAUUAGCUUCAUCUUUUCAUAUGGUUGGUGUCUGAAUCUCCCCUUUUGCAGCAAUGUUGCGUAGUUGUGUGUUCAUAAAACAUGCAAAUUUCAUCACCAUUAGAUUUUUAGUUUUUGAGAUUUAAGGGGCCAAAGUUGACCAAAAAAAAGUUAUUUUCAUAUCUUUGUGUCUCAUAAAGAAGCACUUUCUAAACUAGCUGUGAGGCUACAUAACAUGGAAAAUUGUUUGCAGAAAACAUAUAUGACUCCUAUUGGUACUUGAAGCAAUGACAGAGAAUCAAAUGACACAAAACUUACAGUAUGUGCACAAUGCAAACUGUUGAACCUUUCGGACAAGUUUUUCAGCUUUACAACAAUCGUUCUUUGAAACACAGCACAUCAAACCAGGCUGAAAUAUUUGAAAUGUCAUGACAUUGUCUUCCUUCACUUAAAUGGUUACUACUCAGACUAUUAAAAUAUGUGAAUUAGAUACGCAAUUAUUUUACUUUGGUAAUUUAGCAUACCUGCACACACAAUUUGAAUAGUAUCUGAGAUACUUAGUGGGGAUCCCUAUUCCACUUGAUAUGGAAUCAAUGCCAUCUAAAAUGUGAAAAUCAUGUUGCACAUUCAACUCACAUACCAAGCAUUUCACUCUCAUGCACAGCUGGUUCAAGCAAUUUACCCCUUUAAUGAGAAUAAGACUUGUCUGUGAAAGUGAGAACAGCUAAAUUGGCGCUCGUAAACACACCGGGUUCUUUUAGUUGUGUCAUUUUUUUGGAAUUGUCUCAGUAAAUAGACAAAAAACAAAUUCACGUACAUACGCAGUCACACAAAGACAGGUACUUCCAGCACUGUGCUCUUCAUAAAUCCUACAUAGCCUCUUCGACCUUUUAAUAUAAUUAAAAUAACUUAUUUGCUGACCUCCAUUACGUGCCAUUAUUGUGUUGCCACAGCAGCUGCCACCUACUACUUAGCUAACGCUCAGACAGUGAGCUACCUACACAGACAGUAUACAGUCAACAAUAUUUAAACAGCCUGUGGGCAGAGCUUAGUGAUCUGGUUGAUAAGUGGUGAUUGUUCUGAACAUUAGCUGCAAGUGAAAUAUUUUGGUGUAACACAUUGGCAACAGCAAACAAUUUGUGCAUUGUAUUCUGAGGUCCGAUUGGAGGAACUCUGUUCUAAAGUGUAAAAGUCAACAACAAAAAUAAUUUUAAUCAGACUAUAGCAUAUGAGCUUGAUAUUGUAAUAUAGGGUUUGACUUAGAAUGUUUUUGUUAGCCUUUAUCGAUGGUGUAUGUAAUGUCUUUUUCAAGAAAGCCGAGAUAUGUUUUGCUAAUUGGCGUAUACUUCUUUGUGUUCUCUGUUAAAAAAUAACAAUGCCGGGCACCUCAGUACUUUCUCUUCUGUUGCUCAGAGAACUAAAUAUGGAACAAAAAGUGAAAAAGUGAGGUUUCACUUGUAGGCUAGAUAUGAAAUUUUAACUUUUGUCAUUAUUUGUGUAUGUCGGAGUUAAUUAUUUAAAGAAAUGUAACUUUGUGAUUGUUGGAAGAUAGGGUGCAUCAUUUCUUUUCUUGUGGUACUUUGUAACAGCUGAUACUCAACGCCAUCUAAUUCUGAACAUAAUACGUAGUUCUGAUUGUUUCGUUGCUAUGGUUUGAAUUGUAUUUAGUAAGAUGCAGAUCACCUAGCAUAUAAUAUUAUUAGUGUGCCAUCUCAGUGGCUCAGACAUUUUGUGAACAUACAAAACCACAUCUCCUUUCUCUUUACAAACAGUUCCUUUUCUGAUCAACUUAAAUAAUAACUGAAAAAGUUCACUUAGGUGUGUAAAAUAUUUUUCAUGAAGUGUGUUGUACGUGUGUGUGUGUGUGUGUGUGUGUGUGUGUGUGUGUGUGUGAGAGAGAGAGAGAGAGAGAGAGAGAGAGAGAGAGAGAGAGAGAGAGAGAGAUUCAAUAUUAUCUGUCAGUCCGAUUAAGAAAAUGGAACAACAAUGGCAUUAGUUAUUAGAACCUACAAUAAUUUUGUCUUUACAUGUCCAUAGGUGAGUUUUUUGAAAAUUUUAAUUGCCCCCCCCCCCCCCCCAAGAGUCAUUUAAGUGACAUACAAGACAAAUUGGUGUCAACCUACUGACAUAAAAUUUGGAGUUUUUUCCCCUUCAGUACCUCUACAAAACUUUUCAUUAAAUCUCCCAGUUGGGAUUGUUUGGUUUGAUAUACUGUCAAUUCACCUCUGAAUGCUAGAUGUGUUCCGUAUCAUGUUUGCAAUUGUUGUUAGUGAAUAUAAUUUGUUAUUUUCUGUAACCACAGAUUACUGUUCAUUGUUGUGGAACAAAUUCUGUGGUAUGAAAAUUUAAUUAUGAAAGGAGAUACAAGGUAUUAAAGCUUCUAAAAGCUUUUUUUUAUUUUUAAACUGGAUUUGAAUGGUGUAAGGUAUCACCUAUGGAAUUGAUCUCAUUGAGUGUCUAUUGCACUGUUAUCAGUAGCAUCUCAUUUCCAUUUGAGAAAAUAGGACCAACCCAAAUACAGCAGCAAUUUUUUUAUAAUUUAGUAACUGUUUGUGUAAUAGGCUCCAGCUCUGAAAAAUACUCAUUUACAGUUCGGGAGGUGGCCUGUUACCAGUUAGAAGCUAAAGCUAAUUUCUUACUUUGGUUUGUCAGUCAUGUACUAUCUGAGCUUGAGCUUCCACAAUUUUAAUGUCUUCCUCUGUAUGCUAAAUGUGAAUUCUUUUUUGAUUAUGCUGCAAAGUUUUGUGUCAGUGCCUUCAAAAUUUUGUAACUUUUUUUCCAUUAUUUUUGUCUCACAAUAGCAUGAACUUAUUGUUCUUUGAUAAUAGAGGUAAUUUUGCUGGUUGUUUAAUUUCAUGACAUAUUGAUAUUGGUAAUUGUAAGUUGCAACAAACUGAAAUGAUGCACCUUUCUUUAAAAUAUGAAGAUUGUUGUAACUGUUAUAGUGCAAGUGAUUUUGUUCAGUCAGUAAGAGAUAAGUUGCCACAGAGUUGUAAAGAUAGUUUCAGACUGUCAUCAUUAUUUAGUUAUCAGCUGCUAGCUUGCAAUUUUACUCAAUGCUCAAGUAAAGACGAUGGGAAUAGCUUCCCUUUAAUAAUAAUAAUAAUAAUAACAAUAAUAAAAUAAUAAUAAUAAUAAAAAUAAUAAAAAUGAUCUGCAUACUUCUCCUUCACACAAAGAUAUGUUUAGACUAACUUUCUUAAUUCUUCAGCAUCAGUGAUAGAUCGUCAAACAUACAUGAAAUGGCCAUUUUUCUCUAAUCAGUAUUAUAACUAUGAGCAACUUAUGUAAAAAGGAUGCACUUAUUAUUAUUAUUAGUGAUUUUCAGUCUUUUAUUGAUGGUCUGUGGAAAGACUUUGCAUAUGAUAAAAAUAAGACUGAACUGCAGAGCUGCACGUAUACAUAGGACAAAGAUGCCUUUGAUCAUCACUCUUAAACAUGAUGGUUACCGUUAUAUUUGUUGUUAAUUGAUUUUAAUGUUGCUGCAGUACUUAUAAAAAUGCUUUGUAAUUAGUGACAUUGUUUAUAAACUAAUAAUAGUAAUUCAUUUGUAGAAAUGUAAUCACCAUUAGCAUAGUGCUAAUUCCCCUGUGGGUAAAUAAAAGCUUGAGGUAAUUUUCUUGUUUACAUUAAUAAAAUGAAGCUGUAACAAGAGCCUACUAAUUAAAAAUUGUGUGAUAAACUAUUUGAAAACUAAUGUGGAAUUAUAUAGAUUAGUUGGUGAUUUUCUAAUAUCAUUUGGUGCAUUGCCUGAAAUUUGCAUGCUAACCCAAAGGCAUCUUCGUUCUUUCAAUAUUACAAGUGGAAUUAUGUUUAAUAUUAAUUUGGUUUACACUCUUGCUGAUGCUUCUGUAUACUUUUCCAAACAUUCCAAAAACUUGAGCAUUACCUGAUGUAAACAAAUGUGUUUGUUUUUACAUUUCUGAUGCUGUUUCAAGGUAUAUAUAUAAUAUAUGUACCUUGAAUAGGAAUAGAAAAUAGUUUUGACAUAUACAGUGGUAAAAGUUAUCCCUUUUGUAUACAGACUGAGACUUAGUAAAUAGUCAGCUGCUGAUAUGAUAUUUUAUUCUCCUUUGUCUGUGAUUUAUUUGUGUUUUUGUUAAUAUUUUAGUUGGAUCAGUGAUAUUAAUGACGUGUUUGUCAUGUUGUAUUAAUGGUCUCUGUACACUCUAUUUAUUGAUACAUUGUACAUAUGAACUCUUGUUGCUGAUAAUACAGACAAGUUGGCCGUAUUAAAGUGUGCCUUUAUUCUGAAA